AUGACCACAAAGUAUUGCAAUUCGAGUAACAAGGGUCUUUGGGGUGCCGUCUCGAGGCGCACGAGGGACUAUCUUCGCGAGUUCAUUGGAGGUAGUGAGGUCAAGACGGCGCUUGAGAAGUUACAGCACCUUACAAAUGCGGAGCUUCUGGCGGCUGUGGCGCACAACAACGCUAUUGCACGUGCACUUCAACCCAAGAUAGACUCUGUCGCUAAUACAGUCGGUAGAGUCGCGGGCCAAGCAGUCCUCAGGGGUCUUCGCGAGUGGCUUCAGCCGCCCAAUGCGCAACCGCUCAACUCGGCGAAGAAGCGGCGUCUCGACAGCUGUGGAUGGUUCUUCGACGACGACAAGUGGGAGAGUUGGAUGGCGCAAAGGAACGGGGUGUAUUGGAUAUACGGCAAUGCUGGCGCUGGAAAGAGUGUCCUGUGUUCGUCGAUCAUCGAGAAGCUCAAGCAGGACUCUGCGUUUCCUUUGGUGUACUUCUACUUUGACUUCAGUGACAAUGCGAAGCAAGACUGUCGUUCACUGGCUGCUUCUUUGGUCUUUCAACUGGCAGCCUGCUCCGAAGCCUGCCAGGGCUAUCUUCAACGACAGCAGACGACUACAUCUCCGACCUACGAUGAGCUACUUGUCAUGCUGUCGAAUCUGAUGAAACUUGCUGGACACGUAUUCAUCGUGAUUGACGCACUGGAUGAGUGCCCCGAGCAGGAGCGGGACAGAGGUUCUGCUCGCUUUCUGGAACAUCUCUGCGAGCUCGACAGCAAUGAGAAGGACUUUCACUUACUGGUGACCAGUCGUCCUGAAGCCGACAUCUGGGUCCUCAUGUCAUCUGUCACUCAUAUACUCAGCCUUAACGACGCUCGACAGCAUCAGGAGGACGUGAGCGCGUUCAUAGCCUCUCGACUCGACCGAGACGAGCACCACUGGGCGCCCGACGUCAAAGAUAAGAUACGCAAAGCCCUCAUCACAAGGUCCAACGGAAUGUUCCUAUGGGUCGAUCUCCAGUUACUGCGAUUACGAGACUGCAUCUCGAGCGCCGACGUCGAAGGCACCUUGGACGAGCUGCCUUCCGACCUAAACGACACAUACACGCGCAUCUUACAGAGAUCUAAUCCAUCGCAGGCUUCAGUGGAGCGGCGUCGUCGUGUAUUCCAAUGCAUCGCUUCUGCGAAGCGUCCGCUUUUCCUCUCUCAAGUAAUCGAGAUAUAUUGCAUGAACUUUAACUCUCGUACUCCCCUCGUCCCGAUCCAAGACUGCGAGAGAUUCAUACUCGAGAAGUGCCCAGGACUCCUCAACAUAGUUGAUUGGACGGAUUGGAAUGACGCUCAACACAGAAUCGUCCAAUUCAUUCACUUCUCUGCCAAGGAAUAUCUCACGUCCACCGAUCAUCUCGAGAGCACUACAGCUCCUGCACAUCGCUACAGCUUCGAUGACUACUCCGCCAAUCUUACGCUCGCAAAGAUCUGCCUCUCGGCCCUCCAGGUUGACAUAGAUACCCCACCCCUGAGCUUACGUGCAUAUGCGGACUGUUAUUGGGCAAAACACGUAUCAUCUCGCAACGAAGACGAUCUCGGCGAUCUUCUCGAUGCUUUCCUUCAGAUAGACUCACCUUCUUUCGCCCGCUGGUCCGGCCCUGGUUCGGAGCAUGGCCAGGACACCGCCUUCCAUCACUCGGUUAGGUUGAAUCUAUGCCAUCAUGCAGAAAGGAUUAUGGCACAGAUAUUGAGCGACCCAUCUGCUCCCAACCAAUCUCUCCUCACAAUUCCGGAUCGGUACGGUAGAUCUGCGCUGCAUGUAGCAGCAUCUUUGAGACAUGUUGAGAUGUGUCACCUACUGCUCAGCCACGGAGCCCUCGUCAACAGCACCGACAGAGACGGAGACACUCCUGUGCACAAUGCCGCAUCGGAGGGACACUCGGAUAUCGUCCGUGUGCUUUUGGAACAUCCCGCAGCGGAUGGGGCAGAUCCCACCGCUCGAUCUCGUGUCCGCAAGGAGAAUGGGAAAACCCCGUUGCACUACGCCGCAAGUGAGGGACAUGCGGACGUUUGUCGUCUGUUGCUCAGCCACGGAGCGCUCGUCGACGACAGUGACGAAUGCGGAGCCACUCCUGUGCACGAAGCCGCAAGAGAAGGACACUCGGAUGUCGUCCGUAUGCUUUUGGAACACCCCGCAGCGGAUGGGGCAGAUCCCACCGCUCGAUGUCGUGCCCGUAAUGAGGACGGGCAGACCCCGUUGCAUGAUGCCGCAUCUUGGGCACAUGUCGACGUUUGUCGCCUGCUGCUCAGCCAUGGAGCCCUCGUCGACGACACUGACAAAGAUGGAAACACACCUGUGCACGACGCCGCGGCGAGGGGGUACCUAUACGUAGCUCGUCUACUUUUGGAGCAUCCCGCAGCGGAUGGGGCAGAUCCCACCGUUCGAUGUCGUGCCCGCAAUGAGGACGGGCAGACCCCGUUGCAUAAGGCCGCAUCUAGGGGACUUGCCGACGUUUGUCGCCUGUUGCUCAGUCAUGGAGCGCUCGUCGACGACAGUGACGAAUGCGGAGCCACUCCUGUGCACGAAGCGGCAAGAGAAGGACACUCGGAUGUCGUCCGUAUGCUUUUGGAACACCCCGCAGCGGAUGGGGCAGAUCCCACCGCUCGAUGUCGUGCCCGCAAUAAGCGCGGGCUGAGCCCGUUGCACGAGGCCGCACGUUGGGGACAUGCCGACGUUUGCCGACUGUUGUUCAGCCACGGAGCGCUCGUCGACGACACCGACGGAGACGGAGACACUCCUGUGCACAUUGCCGCGUCGGAGAGAUGUUCGAAUAUCGUCCGUAUACUCUUGGAACACCCCGCAACGGAUGGGGCCGAUUCCACCGCUAGAUGUCGUGCCCGCAAUAUGGACGGGCAGACCCCGUUGCACAAGGCCGCAUAUAUGGGAUCUGCCGACGUUUGUCGCCUGUUGCUCAGUCACGGAGCCCUCGUCGACGACACUGAUGAAUACGGCGAUACUCCUGUACACCGCGCCGAGCAAGGAAAAGAGCCGGGUAUCGUUCGUAUCCUACUAGAGCAUCGCGCGAAGGACACGCCACAAGUCCUACCACGCACGCGGAGGCUCAGGGAGAACUUGCGCGAGCGUGCCGAGGUCUGGCCCAAAGGGCCGUGGGGCGCCAUUCUGGAGGACUUCGCGUCUCAGCUCGAGGACCCAGCAGAUGAGUCAGACUGA